GUUUAAGUUUAUUUAGAUCAUUUAUUUAUCAUUCACUCACAGUUAAGCAGUCCAUCUCUAGAGAGGAGGAGGGGGGAUUGUCAUCCCAUUUUCGAUAUGCAAUAAUGUUUGUUGCUUUGCAUCUAUGACACACUGUGUCCUUGUUUGGAUUCAUUUACUUUAUUUAGAAAGAUUAAACAUGACAGUUAACUUCAAAAUUAACACUGCUUUGUAUCUUUUGCAGCUUUCAGUAACUCAAAAUCUAUUGCACACUGGUCACUUGUGUUCUGGCAGCCCUAGUCAACUCCAUAAGAGAGAAAAUAUAUCAGUUGACCAAGUCAUAUUUACCAGGGUGUACAUAAAUAUGAUAAUGAUGAUAAUCAAUCGUUGGUAAAUACAGUUCAUCACAUGAAAAGAAACAAUGUAAAAGCCACUGUAGAUUAGAUUGUCUUGCCAUGCUCAAUAGACUACAUGGGGUAUUGCAGUAUAUUGAUAAAGAGUAACUUCUCAUCUCUAUCAAUCCUCCAGUGUGUGAAGACGUUUACUCAGUGUUAGGGAACUUGGUUAGACAGGUUAGGAAAUACCAUCAUCAGGGUUAAAUAUGCAAAGAUGCCAACACUGAUGGUGUUCUUCAUCAAAGGCGAAUGGCACAUGCCUUUCUGCAUUGGCUCUGAAUGUUGCCAGUGGACAGAAAUUAUGAAUCGUCAUAGUGCUUUCAUACACCACUGUGUAGGCAGCAAUGCAGGCAGCAAAAGGAGUAAGGGCAGCAGUGGCUCUUGUGUAAGCAUUCAGCUAUUUGGCACUGCCACCAAAAUGUUGAACCAUGGCAACUACAGGAAUCACACAGAGGAAACAACAAGGGAGCUAAUUUUACUGGCAUGUGGAGGGCUCUGAAUUAUGACACACAAGAAUUAGUAUUUGGUUAACAUAAAUUAUUGAAUGUUAACAUUAUGAUUUUUCUCCCCCAAUUUCAGUGUAUUUGUUUAAAAUAAAGUUGGGUAAAAAAAGUUGGUAAGAAUGUACAGUUGAUUUUGCAAUUUUCACUGCAAUUCUCUUAAAUUGUAUUCAAUUUAAACUCAAAGAUUAUUAUUUAUUAUUAUUUUGCAGUUUGUGUUUGUUUGUUUGCAUGCUUGUCCUGUACAUUUUGUGAUAUGGGAUUGCGACAUGAAAGUUAUGAUAACUAGCAGCAUCACUGUCCACUGAAUUAAUUGUUUGGCCAUUUUAAAACAAAAUGAGCAACAACGCAGUUAUUUGCAAUCCCUCCCAUGACCAUCCUCAAAAAAGACUUUCUUUGCCAUUCUUUAGGCAUUUUAGUAAAGACUGUUGAAUUGUUGUUCAUCUUAGAACUCAUUACAUUCAUAUAUUCAAACAAUUAAACUGGUAUCCAACAGCAACAACAACAAGAUCACAGGAUAGAAUGGAAUAACCAUUUGGAACAAAGAUGAAAGCAAUAUAAUGCAUGAUGUCAUAUUGACAUCAUGGAUUCUAUUGGAAUGGUAUGAAUCCUAUAAAUACUCAGACCCAAGUUUGGUCAAGACACAAAUUUCACUGUGACAAAGGAAGGUACACAGAGUAAGACAAAACAAAGAGGUCCAACACGGGACAGUGCUGAAAGACAUGGAAUUCUCCGAGGAUUACGGGGAGGUUGAUCCUUCAUUUAAUUUCUACUUGAGUUCCCUCGAAGCACAAGCAAGAUGUGAACUGAAGGACAGCGAGGCGAGGCUCACCCAAGGUAGAUCUGAGGGGAGAGUACUCUUGGAAAUCCAAGAGGAGGCGCUGUCUAAAAUACUUGAUCAGCUCCAAGAACAGAGAGAAGACAAGUGGAGCCCUGAGAAAAAGCUCAUGCAGAAGGAGAUAUGUUGUCUGAAAGCCCGGCAGGAUGAGGCUCAGGCUAAACAUGUCCACUCUUCACAGAGGGAGAUGGAGAGUCUGAAAUCAAACCUGAGAAAGAUCUGCGUGAUGCUUCGGAAAGCUCAGAACGAUCUUGUGCAGCAGACUUCCCAGACCGAGCACCUUCAAGUUAAAUUGGAGGAGAUGAAGGCAGAGAAUGGGGCCCUUCAACAUGAAGUGGGGGCAAUGAAGUUAGAGCUCCGUGUUGCAAAGCAGUUGCGUGCAGUGGCUGAAAACAACUGUGAGACGACCACUCAUUGCCUGAAGGUGCAGCUUUUUGAUAAAGACACGGCAGAGUUUGAGGCUCGCACAAAAGCAGAACUGUUAGAGAAAGACCUUAUAUUUGAGAGGGCUCAAGCUCAGAAGCUGCAGAUGAAACUGAGCAAGAUGGAGGAAGCGCUUCUUAAAAAGAAGGAGGAGGCUAAGAGGACUUUGGAAAGAUCCCAGGCCUCCCAUCAAGCUCAGCUGGAGGAACACAAAGCGCAGACCAGCAAGAUUGCAUCUGCCCUGAAAAAGGCAGAGGAUCUGCUGGAGACUGAGCGCCUUCGCUUGCAGCAGGAGAAAACCUGCCUCCAGGAGGAGAUGGAGAAGUCCACAGCUUUCUAUGUGGCUCAGCUUGACGAGCAGAAACGGGAGAACAUCGUCGUCAUGGCUGCUCUGGAGAAGGUUAAGCAGCAAUUGGAGAGUCGUCGUAUCGAGUGGCAGGAGGACAAGUCAUCACUCCUUCAGGCCACAGAGGGUCUCAUGCAGACUCUGCAGGAAAAGGAGCAGGAGUGGGAGAAGACAGAGAGCUCCAUGAGGUCCCAGCUGAAGGAACUCGAGAGGCAGAUCACUAAAAAGAAGAAGUGGUACAGAAAACUCUUCUAAUCCCCAGCUCCUGAAUGCCACGCUCAGAAAAACAAAACACACACACAAACACAUGCAUUUGUUCUUGUAUACUUGUGAGGAUUAGUCAGUAGAAACAGUCUUAACCCACAAACAGCACUUUGAAAUGGGCUGUUUGUGGGUUAAGACUUGAUUUUACACUUGGAAAGUGAAGUCCAAAUGGCUUUACUUUUCUGGUGUUAGACUGAAACUGGUCCUCACAAAGAUAUAAAUACUUGUGCACGUACUCACACACACAAACACGCAUUUGUUCUUGUAUACUUGUGAGGAUUGAUCAGUCGAAACAGUCUUAACCCACAAACAGCGCUUUGAAACGGGCUGUUUGAGGGUUAAGACUUGAUUUUACACUUGGAAAGUGAGGCCAAAAUAUCCUUACUUUCCUGGUGUACAUCUGAAACUGGUCCUCACAAAGAUAUAAAUACUACUGCGUAUACACACACACACACACA